AUGGCAUCCACACACGAGUUGACGGUGUAUUUUGGCACUUUUAUACACCUUCCUCGCUUAGAGGCAUCUCAGCCCAAAAGCAAGCCUCAGUUGGUUCGCAAUUCAGGCGCGCUUUGGGUAUCCGCGAUUGAUGGCCGCAUCAAGGGCUGUGACUGGCAGGUUCAGGAUGAAGAUGCGCUUCAUGCACUGGUAGCCCACAAUGGCUGGGUGGAUGUCGAUACUAUCAGUACUCAUGCGAAUGGCAACGGAGUACAGACGAAGGUGAAAAUCGUUACGGCCAGCGCAGAACGAAACGAGUUUUUCUUCCCCGGUUUUAUUGAUACCCACAUUCAUGCCCCACAAUAUCCAAAUGCCGGCCUGUUUGGCUCAACUACUCUCCUUGACUGGCUGGAGGAAUAUACAUUCCCCGUGGAAUCUGGCUUCGGCGCCAAAGCCUCAACCCACACCAAUAACCCCAAAGAUACACCACCUUCUGCCCUGCGCAUCUACGACCAGGUCAUCGCGCGUACUCUCUCCCACGGCACAACCUGCGCCUCCUACUUCGCAACCAUCCACAUCCCCGCGACCAACGCUCUGGCUCGCCUCUGCCACAACAAAGGUCAACGAGCCUUUAUCGGCCGCGUCUGCAUGGACAACCCAUCCUUCUGUCCAGACUACUACUGCGAUGCAUCAGCCGAGGACUCAAUAACCGCAACCAAGUCCACAAUCGAGUAUAUCCACGCCAUGGAUCCCGAAGGCACCCUCGUCAAACCAAUCGUCACACCUAGAUUCGUUCCAACAUGUACCCGCCCCGCCCUCGAGGGCCUGGGCAAACUCGCCGCAUCUUACACCCCACCCCUCCACAUCCAAACACAUAUUUCAGAGAACAUCAACGAAGUCGCCCUCGUCCAAGAAUUAUUCCCCGAGUCAACCAGCUACGCUGGAGUAUACGAGACGUAUAACCUGCUUACACCGCGAACGAUCCUCGCACACGCCGUGCACCUCACCGCAGACGAGCGAAAGCUCAUCCGCGCCCGAGACGCAAAGAUCUCGCACUGUCCCGCUUCGAACUCCGCGCUCGGAUCGGGUAUCGCGCCUGUCCGCGUAUUCCUCGACGAGGGUAUAACGGUUGGUCUCGGCACCGACGUGAGCGGCGGGUAUAGUCCCAGCAUACUCGAAGCGGCGAGACAGGCGUGUCUUGCUUCCCGGCUGCUGAAUCACACUACUUCGUUUGUGGAGCAUCAGAAGCACAAUCAUGCGAAUGGAAAUUGCAACGGUGAUUCCAGUGCGGAUGUGACGGGUAGGGAAAAGCUUUCUGUUGAAGAGAGUUUGUAUCUUGCCACACGCGGCGGUGCAGCUGUCGUUGAUAUGGCAGAUGAUCUGGGUGGAUUUGAGGAGGGCAUGAUCUUUGAUGCGCAGUUGAUUCAGUUGGGCUCUGUUGGUGAUGAUACGGUGCAGGCCUUGCUUGAUGGGGCUGCUGAGAAGAAUCUUGUUAGACCCGGACCCGUGGGCAAUGUUGAUCUCUUUGGUACGGAGACUUGGGAGGAGAAGAUUCACAAGUGGGUUUGGAGUGGUGAUGAUCGGAAUGUGAAGGCUGUUUGGGUUGGUGGGAGAUUGGUUCAUGAGAGGGUUUAG